UUCAGACUGAAAUGGUGGAACCAAUAGUGGUACUUCUCCCAUUUGGAGGAAGAGGGGAAUGGUCUGAAGCGAGAAUUUCAAGUCGAACUUCGGCCUCUCAAUAUGUUCUGUCAAAGCCCGGCCGAACAGGGUUCUUAAGAAGAAAAAAUAUUACCGUUGCCGACGGGCAGGAAAUUGCCAUCGGUAAGAUACAGCGAAGAUAUUUCCGAUCGAGAGUAUCUUCGCCGUAUCCUUGAUUUCCCUCCCUCCGGCAACGGUAAUAUUUUUUCUUUGUCGUUAAGAAAGAGAAAUAGAAAGUUAAUAGUUUCCAUUUUGGUAAUCGAUGUUUAUCUUAGAUUUGCGAAAGAUUACAACAUCAGCUAAGGUACUCCUUCUGUCUACGUUUAUUUCUUUCCUUUCGUGGGAGUAUGAGUAAAGAUAGACGAAUUGGGGAACGGCCUGCAACUUCAGUUUUCAGGGGAAGUUAAAUGUAGAAAGUAUAAGAGUAAAGGGUACCUGCUAGUUUUGUUGAAACGAUCAGAAACUGCGGUUGAACAACAGAAGUUCUUCUUUAACAAUUAAGCCAAAGAUUUCAUCUGAAGAUGGCGCAGUCAAGACUUGCUUCAGAGUCUAUAGAGUAUCGAAAGGCCCGGAAAACGUUUAUUAAGAGAAUGCAGGGGCUAAAGAAGAAAAUGCAUGAGCUCACCACACUCUGCGAUAUCGAGGGUUUCAUAAUUUGCUUCGAUGGCCUUCAACAGAGUAACGAAGACAGUGCCAUGGAACCUAUCAUAUGGCCAGAGAAUCGUGAGAAAGUAUUGGAGCUUAUAAACCAGUACAGAAAUCUCGAAUCUAACACUCACUCGAGGAAGCGGGAGUGGGGCUUAUUGGACUUUUUGGAAAAGCAGAAGAAGAACCUGGAAGAUGAUCUUGCUAAAUGGCGCUCAAAGGGAAGGACUUUGAAAUUCCCGUCAAUGGAGGAGAGUGGGAUUGAUGGGUUUUCAGCGGAGCAGUUGAAGGAGAUGGGAAAGAUUUUGGAGUUGAAGCUGGAAAUGGUGAAAAAAAGGCAGGAGAUUCUGAAGGAAAAGCAAGGGAAAGGCUUGGAAGAAAGGGGGCAGAUAGAAUGCUUCAACACUGAACUGUAUCCAAACUAUGAUAUUGGUCUACUGGGUCCAGUAUCUCAAGUUCAAUCUCUUGAUCAGAUAGAAUGCUUCAAUCCUGAACUGUACCCAAACCAUGACAUUGAUCUACUGGGUCCAGUGUCUCAAGUUCAACCUCUUGAUCAUGAUCAGUUUUCUUAUCACCCCGUGAUGCCAAUGCCGAUGGAAUACGACCAAGCAAUAAACCCAAAUAACAAUCUAGGUGAAUUCUUCUUCAAUGGAGGUCAGGUGAAGAUGAAUGGAGUUAAUGGUGGAUGUAACUUUCCAAUGGUGAGCCAAUUUUGCCAUUAUAAUCAUUCAGGAUUUGGACCAGAGGAAAUGGAAACCAAUGGAAGCAACAACAAUAUGGACAUGUUGAUGUUGAACAAUUUUGAUGGUGGCAAUAGCUUCUCAAUGCUGGUUCCAUUUUAUAAUGAUCAUCCUGUUCCUGGCUUUGGAAGUAUGGGAAUCCAUAGCAAUAGCUUCAGCAGCAACUUAAGUCAAUUGGAGUCUAUGGAUUGUUGUUCAUCUUGCUUUAUUAAUCCCCAGCCAUUGCCAACAGCUUCCAUGCCAAUCAUUUCAACUGCACCUUUGGAAUUUUCACCUCAAGGUUUGCAGACAGUGAUGACUGAAGGCCACAAGAGGGCUAGGAUGCUUUGAUUACUGUUAAUUAUUCUUUUUUGUAAUUUGUGUAGUUAUAAUCAUACAAGGGUUUUAGCAUUAGCUUGUCUUGUAGGUUCUAUAUAAUUAUAGGUUUCGUUCACUAUAAUCAUGAAAACUAUUGUUUUCAGGUCAUCAGAGUUUUUGUUA